CUGAAGCCUUCUAGUCAAAUCGUCUCGCGAUAUUUCACGAGAAUCUCGCGCUGCUAGCUGCCGGCAUGUGGUCAAAUAAAGAUGUCGACGCUAACGCCAAUGGUCUUUUGAGCACUGGAGAUGCCACUUUAGACAAACUGGUAAAUCAGUGGAUCUGCUGGGAUAAGAAUGCAGCAACACAGGCACAGAUUAAAAGGCUGGUUCAGGAAACCCGUGUGGAGGAACUCAGGAGGAGGCUGUGCUCACGAAUGACAUUUGGAACAGCUGGACUAAGAGCAGCUAUGGGAGCCGGAUUUUCCCGUGUCAACGAUCUCACUAUUAUCCAGUCAACACAGGGGAUGUAUGUAUACUUGGCUAAAUGUUUCCCUGAUCUGAGGAGCAGAGGUUUGGUGGUUGGAUAUGACACACGAGCACAAGAGUGCAGUGGCUGCACCAGUGAACGGCUUGCACGUUUAACUGCAGCGGUCAUGCUAAGUAAGGAUGUUCCAGUUUAUUUAUUUUCAACAUAUGUGCCUACACCAUUUGUGCCCUAUGCUGUAAAGAAAUACAGAACUGCUGCAGGUGUAAUGAUCACUGCCUCUCACAACAGAAAAGAGGAUAAUGGAUACAAGGUAUACUGGGACAAUGGUGCUCAGAUUUCUUCUCCACAUGAUAAGGAGAUCCUACAUUGUAUAGAACAAAAUGCAGAGCCUUGGGCUGAGUCUUGGAAUGAAGACUUGGUUGAGAGCAGCUCAUUAAGGAUUGACCCACUAAAAGACAUUUGCUGCUGGUAUAUGGAGGAACUGAGUAGUCUCUGCUUCCACAGAGAGCUCAACACACAGUCUCCUUUGAACUUUGUCCAUUCAUCCUUUCAUGGAGUUGGACAUGAUUAUGUCCAGAAGGCUUUUCAGGCAUUCGGCUUUCCACCUCCAAUCCCAGUACCAGAACAGAUGAGUCCAGAUCCAAACUUUUCCACUGUCAGCUGCCCUAACCCCGAAGAGGGAGAGUCUGUUUUGGAGCUGUCACUUCGCCUUGCUGAGAAAGAAGGAGCCAGGAUUGUGCUGGCCACAGACCCUGAUGCUGAUCGCCUGGCUGUUGCAGAGCAGUGUGACAAAUGUGGCUGGAAGGUUUUUACUGGGAAUGAGCUGGCUGCUUUGCUGGGCUGGUGGAUGCUGCUAAACUGGAAGGAGUCUCACACACAUCCAGCUGAAAUUGAGAGUGUGUAUAUGCUGGCUACAGCAGUUUCCUCCAAAAUCCUCAAGACCAUGGCACAGAUUGAGGGCUUCAAUUUUGAGGAAACACUACCAGGCUUCAAAUGGAUCGGAAAUCGAAUUGAUAAGUUAGCAAAAUCGGGAAAGGAAGUCAUUUUUUCGUUUGAGGAGUCCAUUGGCUUUCUGUGUGGGAGAAUGGUCUUUGACAAGGAUGGAGUUAGUGCAGCUGUAGUUGUUGCUGAGAUGGCAGUGUAUUUGCAUACAAAAGAUUUAACACUUAAUGAGCAACUGCAAAACAUCUAUGAACUUUAUGGUUACCACAUUUCAAGAACGUCUUAUGUUAUCUGUAAUGACCCCCCGAUCGUCAAGAGAAUAUUUUCUCGUCUACGCAAUUUUGAAGGCGAAGGUGUUUAUCCAAAGAUGUGUGGGGGAUAUACCAUUUUACACAUCAGAGAUGUAACUACAGGAUAUGACAGCAGCCAACUUAACAAAAAAUGUGUCCUACCACUCUCCAAAAGCAGUCAAAUGGUCACGUUCACAUUUCAGAAUGGUAUUGUUGCCACCCUUAGGACUAGUGGGACAGAGCCCAAAAUCAAGUACUACGCAGAGUUCUGUGCACCACCUGGAAAAAGAGAUAUUUUAAGCCUUGAAGACGAAUUAGCAAAGGUGAUAUCUGCUUUGCUGGAGGAGUAUCUGGAGCCUGAAAAAAACAAUCUAAUCUACAGAUCAGUAUAGCUGUCUAACCAAAAUCAAUUAGCAAGGAGUCUUUGCGGGUUUGUUUAGUUUUAAUAUAAUUUCAAUGCCUGGAAUGUUAUCUCUUAUAAUAAAAUGAUGUACAGCUUUAAUUAUUUUAUUCCUGCAAAGGUCUUAAGAUGUUAAACAUUGGUGUGAACAGUGAUACCUUUUUUUCUUUUUUUACCAUUAUGAUUUAUGUAUUCGGACUGCUAAAGUGUCAUUAAGUUAUGUUGAAAUUUCAUUUUUCAAUAAACCAUAGGGCCUUAUCUAUUAUAUAUUUUUAAUAAUAUAAAUUAUCAUCUUUCAUGUUACAUUGUGUUUUUGUGGUUGUGAUGAUGUGACCUAUUUCUUAUUCACAAUCUAGUGUUUCUAUCACUGAAAUUAAAAAGCUUUUGCACAUGAGCACAUUAUGCCAUAACUGUCCAGCAUGGAACAUGGGACAUUAUAAAAUGAUGCUAUUAUGCUCUGCUGCUUUACACACAGAUUUUUUUAAUGAUAUCAAAUACAUUAAUCAGUUGUGGAAUAAUGAUUUGUUUGUCAGUAAUAGUUAAACAGUUUUUUAGUUAAACAGAUUUUUAUCUAUUACUUAACAGGUUGUGUGUAAGUUUUCAUUUUAAACAUUAUUUAUUGAAGCAUAUUUAAUUCAAUUAGACACUGCAUAUCACUGUGUGUACCAAGGGUUUGGCAUGCUAAGGACUAGAAUGUGAUAAACCCCAAAUUAUCCCAAAUUCAUUUGGUGAUAGGGCUAGGCCAGGGAAUAUUUCGUAGUAUUAAGUUGAUUAAAUAUAGGAUCAUUAUUAAUUCAUAAACAAUGUAGAUGAGGGAAGGCCCCAAAAUCCUGGAUGUUUUGUUUGUGGCAGAUAAUUGAAUUAAUUUUAAAUUUGUUCAUUAUUAACAAUGGUAGCCAGUUAAUAUGGUAUUCUGAAAAUGUUUGUUGACUCUGAUGAAGACUCUUGCUGCUUUCAGUGUUCUGAACUUUCUUGUCUAGUGUUCAGAUCGCACUACAGAUGAUAGGCUGAGUAUUUAUUUUGUGUAUUUUUCAGAUGGGCAGAAAGCACAUUAUGUUGCCUUUGUAAAGUUAAGCAAAGAACAGAAUAUUUUUAAAUAAGAUAAAUCACCAAGAAAUAAUACUUACGGUAUUAUGUAAUAUUUUACGGAUGAUUAAAGAUAAAAUACUUAUUUGUUGUGAAUCUCCAAAAAUAUUUAAUAUAUUGUAUUUUUUUUAAGUUGCCAGUUAAAAUUUUGGUUAAAUUAAAGAACAUGUACAAAUUAUACUGUAGUCAGAGUAUAUUUUUAACUAUGUGACACAACCUUUCGAAAACAUAUCUACGUAAGGCAAAUUACAAUCAUGUUCAUAACUCCAUGUGUAAAAUUUAAAUCCUCACCCCUAACGUUUAAACCACCUGCCAAUAUUCCUUAGAUUUGCCACUUGAACAGCACUAAACCAUUGAGGCAUGGACUUUGGUAUGGUAUCUGGCAGGCCAAGCUAGUACCUUGGAGUGUUUUUCAUGUUCAUUUCUGAUUUAUAUUUUGUAGAUAGACGGUGCAUUAGUUUGCUAAACAAGCCCACUGAGAUUAAGUAAAAUUGUUGCCAUGAGGGGAUGGUACAGUUCAAGUUUAACAUCCAUACAAAUGUCAGGACCCAAGGUUACUCAGCAGAAUGUUGCCCAGAGCAUUACACUGACUACUGGCCUAAUUUUUCCCAAAGUGCAUCCUGGUGAAUUUUACCUCAGGAAAUGCGCAUGCACCUGACUGACCACAUGCUGAAAAAAAGUGAAUAAGACUAGGCCACCUUUUUUUAUUUCUCUAUGCUUAUGCGCACACACCUCCAGUGCUUUGGUGGGGUACAGGUGUCAGAAUGGGCACUCUGACUGGUCAGCACUUCGUGUUAUAGUUAGCUCUUCUAUAGGAUUUUGCCAGAAAGUCUUCAUUUACUGCAUGCAUCAGUGAGCGUUGGGUGCCUAUGAUUUUGUUGCCAGUUCACAAGUUGUUUUUCCUUGGACCGCUUUUUUGUUAUGUUUUAUACACUGCAUACCCGGAACACAUCACAAGACCUUAUGAAGAUGCUAUGACAAAGUUGUCUAGCCACUACAAUUAUCCCCUUGUUAAAGUUGUUCAGAUGCUCUAUCCCAUUUUAUUCUCACAUCAGAGCUGACUGUUUACGGGCUGCCUAAUAUAGCCCAAUCAUUUAUGGAUCCCAUUGUUAUGAGAUAAUCGAUGUUAUGAACUUUACCUGUCAGUGUUUUUAAUUUUAUGGCUGAAUGGUGCAUGUGUGUGUAAACAAAGU